AUGCUCGUGUUCACGAUUAUUGUUUUUUUAAUGAAACUAGUCUGGAGUCAAUGUACUCCAUUUUGCACUUGUAACAAAGUAACACAAACAUGCACUUCAUGUAUGUCCAAUUAUCAUAAGAAUACAACAUUCAAUGAAUGUGUUUAUAAACGUGACCUGGGGUGUGAAAAAUAUGCAUCACAAAGUUCUGAUGUUUGUCAGAAGUGUUCAGAUGGGUACAAAUUUAAUUAUCUAAGUGGAGUGUGCGAAGUGGGUAUUGAACAUUGUCUCGAUGCGACUCUUUCAUUAGAAGGGUGUUCAUCAUGUGAAGAGAAUUAUUAUUCUGCUGGAUUGAAUGGUUGUUUACAAUCAACUUCUGAAUAUCAGUAUUGCACAUCAAUUGACUCUGAAAACAACUGUGAAUUUUGUGUAUCUGGUGCACUUCUUUCAGAAGGUCGUUGUGUGAUGUACGACGAAUUUUGUGCAACGUCCACAACUGCAAAUUCUCCCGUUUGCAAAACUUGUUAUUCUGGAUUCUUUGUAAAUUCAGAAGGAAAGUGUCAAAGUGGAGAAAUUGCCAAUUGUAUGAAAUACACUUCUAAAACUGAUUGUUCUAUGUGUCUGACAGGUUAUAGACUCCUUGAUAACAAAUGUGAGAAAGAUGAUAAAUGUGUUGGAUUCAUUGCUGGCCUUUGUCUUGGGUGCCCAAAAGGAUACUUUGUAUCUCAAAAGGCUUGUUUUCCUUGUGGAGAGAAUUGUGAGAGUUGUACUUCUUCCACCAAAUGUAAAAUUUGUUAUGAAGGAUUUGCUGUUCAAAAUGGGGUUUGUGAAAAAUGUGAAGUUUUGAAUUGCACAAAAUGUGAUGAAAGUGGAAAGAUGUGUGAAAUAUGCGAAAAUGGAUACAGUUUGUUUGAAGGGAAGUGUGUAAGGUGUGUAAACCAUUGUGACAAAUGCAGAGAUGUAUUGAGUUGUGAAACUUGUGAAAGCGGAUAUAUUGCUGUUGAUGGAGGAUGUGCGGAAUGUGAAAUUUUGAAUUGUUUGAAAUGCACUGAAGGAGUGGAUCAAUGCAAUGGUUGUGCGAGUGGAUAUUCUCUUCAAGACAAUUAUUGUUUCAAAACAAUUAAAAAUUGCAAGACGUAUAGUGAAGAUGGAAUGUGUAAAGUGUGUAACACCAAUUAUAUAUUUGAUGAAACCGAUUCAACCAAAUGUAUACGAAAACCUUGUUCUGUUGAAGGAGAUGGAGGAAACUGUACAACGUGUAGUCUUGGGUAUUACAAAACAGAAGAUUCAAGUUGUGAGAAAUGUAGUAGCAAGUGUAGUGCUGGUUGCACAAUGAGAGAAAAUGAAUGUGAUUUGCUAAUUGAAAAAAGAAGUCUUGAAGGAUGUGCUAUUUAUGAAAAAGAUGGAAAGUGUGCUAUUUGUAAAGAAGAUUACAAACUUAAUAAAGGCAAGUGUGAAAACAAAGGAAUUGCCUGUGCUAUUGGAUCUUACACAAAAACAAACAAAUGCACAACUUGUUUCUCGCUUCUUAGAGGUUAUACGAUGCCUGUUGAUUACAAUUGUUGGGAUGGAAGUAUAAAUGAAGUUAUUAUAAUGGGAAUAAUAAUUAUACUACUAUUGGUGUGA